CGGCUGUUGUGGUCGUGUCCGAUAAGCUGUCGUAUCGGCAGUAGAAGCCGUGCGCUUGCCGUGUCCAGCCGUCAGUGCAGCUCGAACCGCCGACGCAUUAACACGUCUCGGCCUUGACGCUAUUUCCAACUGUUUGUGUCCCGGACCCACAUAAUAAAACCAACGAGAGAAGCAAAGAGAGGGAGUGAAGAAGAUUAAUAAAUAGAGAAGAAGAAUCACAAAUGUCGACGGCAGUCGAAACGAGAUUAAACGGGCAUGCGGAGCCUAACGGGAUGAAUGGGAUGAACGGGGUGGGGAUGAAUGGGGUGGGGGUGAACGGGGUGAACGGGGAUGGCAGCUGGGAGGCACAGUUCCUGCCGCCACCGCUGAGGAUUGACGAUAAAGUCCGUGCACAGAAGAUCGAGCGCGUCCUGUCAUGCCUGGUGAUGUGUGGCAACACCCUGCGGCGCGUGGGCGCGGUGUUCGAGCGCGAGCUGGAGGCGGGGCUGCAGGACCAGCCGUCCAGUCUCCAGAUGGCUAACACAUACGUCCCGGAGCUACCCGACGGCACAGAGGAAGGUCUAUUCCUGGCUUUAGACCUGGGCGGCACCAACUUCCGCGUGCUCGUGUUGGAGUUGCGGGGUGGGCAGCUGGUGCGGGAGGAUGUCAGGCAGUACCACAUCAACGACGCGCUGCGGCUGGGCCCCGGCGAGGACCUGUUCAACUUCCUGGCUGACUGCGUGCUCGACUUCGUGCGCAGCGAUGGCAUGGAGAACGAGGAGCUGUCACUCGGCUUCACAUUCUCGUUCCCAAUGAAGCAGCACUCCAUCCUGUCCGGGGAGCUGGUCACCUGGACUAAGAGCUUCAAGUGCGGCGGCAUGGGCGGCGUGGACGUGUCAGCGUUGCUGCAACGCUGCCUGGACGAGCGCGGCCUGAAGGUCAUCGUCAGGGUGCUGCUGAAUGAUACCACUGGCACGUUGGUCGCUGGCGCGCAGCAGGAUCCCGCUUGUGGGAUUGGCGUGAUCCUCGGCACGGGCUCCAACGGCUGCUACAUGGAGCGCGCGUCCCGGGUCACGCACUGGGAGACGAGCCACGACCGCGUGACCGAUGUCUGUAUUGAUGUGGAGUGGGGCGCGUUUGGAGACAACGGCUGCCUGUCCUUCCUGAGAACUGCCUUUGACAAGGAGGUCGAUGAUAACUCGCUGCUCACUGCGAGCUUCACGUUCGAGAAGUACAUCGGCGGCAAGUACCUGGGCUGCGUGCUGCGGUGCGCCCUGUCCGGGCUGGCCAGAGAAGGACUGUUCCCGUGUGUGUUCCCGCGGGCCAGUCUGAACACGGCCCACGUCAGCAUGUUUGAACAAGAAAACAUAAAAGGCGGGUGGCGAGAGACGGCGGCGGCGCUAUCCGAAGCAGCCGGCGGUGCGUACCAGUUCACCCGCGACGACGCCCUCGUGGCGCAGCACGUCGCUCAGCUGGUCUCCAACCGCGCCGCACAGCUGGCGUCAGUGUGUAUAGCGACGCUGCUCCGGCGCAUGGACCGCGCGCACGUGGCCAUCGCCGUCGACGGCUCCGUGUACAAGAAGCACCCGCGGAUCAGCACCCUCAUGCAGAAAUACAUCGCCCUGCUGGCGCCUGAGCAUUCCUUCUCCCUGCUGCCGGCUGAUGACGGCAGCGGAAAGGGUUCAGCGUUGACAGCUGCUAUCGCCGCCAGGAUCAAGGCCAGGGAGGCGGCGCAGGCGGCUUCGUAGCGGGCGACAGUGGAUACCAGGCUGGCAGACUGUAGGGUGGACUAGCGAGGGAGUUGGAGUUGAGGAGAUGAUGCUGAAGACGAACACAAAUUCAAAUAGAAAUUCCAUAAAAAAGAUCGAAUUCUAACAAGCUGCAUAUUAAAGUUAAUUGUAUAAUGGUUAACUCGCUCUUGACAAGAAUUUUUCGAUCUUUUUUCCUCCCGAGUUUUCUUCUGAACAUGAAUAAGUGCUGUGAAGACAUUAAAUAACUCAAUAGAAAUGUAAAAAUCCCAUCGCAGAGUAAUGUCCCAACUUUAAAUCGUUUUACUGUACUGAUUUUCCAGCGAUUAUGUUAAAAAGACGCUUAUAUCACUCAAACGAGAACUAUGAUGUAAGCAGUUGUUAGCUUCGUCGUGUGAUGAUGUUUAUAUAAUGAUAGAUAUUACAAACGCUCAUCUUAGGUUAAAGUGAUAGGUGUGAUGAUUUGUUGACUGUUUGCUACACAUUUUGAUUUUACAUAGCUAUAUUUACGUCUGUUUAGACGAUUUAUGGCUAUCAUUGUCGCGAAGUGACGCACUUUUUCCAUGGCCGUGCAAGCCAAUUCUGGAGCGGCAAUUCCUACCGCGCGCUCUGCAGGCCGCUCCUUUUCAAGAUCAAAUUCUUUGCUUGUACUUAGUUACCCAGAACUUGGUAACAAGUACAAUUUCAAUCAAAUCAAUAAGUAAUCUUUAUUCACUUACUCACAUGAUUUGAUUAUUUUGAUAGAGGUACAAAUUUUUUGUGUUAGUUUCUUUAAAAUGUGUAGCAUGUGUGUGAUGUGAAUAGAUAGUUGUAUGUAUAUAGUUUGUAUGUAUGUAUAGUGUGUAUCUCGCGGGCCGAGUGCAAUGAAUGUACUUUGUUAAGUUCCAUGUAGAAUAAUGUUAGAUAUAGGAUAUUGUAGAUACUGCAUUAUGAUUAAAUAUAUUUUGGAAUUAGUUACCAUUUUGUAAAGAAUUAUUCACUAAGAUAGUCCUUAUUCAUCAUUUGUAUCUAAUUUCGAAGAU